ACUAUGUUUCCAUGAUCCAUCUCGUAUGUUGUCUUCUUGGAAAGGCAAUGACUGUUGUGGAUGGAGAGGAGUAGGUUGUGACAAAAAUAACCAAUAUGUUGUCUCACUUCAACUCAGGGGAUCAGUAUCUGAUCGACUUUAUUCGCACUUUAUUGACGAUCAACAACCUCAAUUGUACUUGAUUGACCAUGUAGAGGAGGUUGUUUCAAGUUUGCUCAAGCUAAGACACUUGGAACACCUAGACUUGAGCAACAAUAAUUUCAGUGGUAAUCUUAUUCCACCCUCCUUUGGCUCGAUGAAGCAGCUGCGAUACCUAAAUCUCUCUUAUGCACAAUUCAAAGGGAGAAUUCCUAGUGAACUUGGAAAUCUUACAAGGCUUCAUGUUCUUGAUCUUUCUCAUAAUUAUUAUGGGAGAUUGAAGGUUGAUGAUGACAUUCAAUGGAUUUCUCAUCUCUCCUCUUUGCAACAACUUGAUAUGAGUGGAGUAAAUCUAAAUCAUGCCUCAUCAAACUUGUUCCAGGUACUUGGCAUGCUUCCUUCCCUAUCACAAUUAAGUCUAUCAAGCUGUAGUCUCAGAAAUUGUCACUUGCCAUCUCACCACCAUCCCCUUAAUUUUACAUUGCUUGGCAAUAUUCAGCACUUAGAUCUUUCAGCUAACUUUUUCCAAGAUAACAUCAAGCAACUUUUUAAGUUAGAGAGCAUAGAUCUUUCUAACAAUCAAUUGAAUGGGAGUAUUCCAGAUAAUAUCAGACAACUUUCUAAGUUAGAGAGCAUAUAUCUUUGUUGCAACCAAUUGAGUGGGAGUAUUCCAGAUAGCAUCGGGCAACUUUCUAAGUUAGAGAGCAUAGAUCUUUCUAACAAUCAAUUGAGUGGGAGUAUUCCAGAUAGCAUCAGACAACUUUCUAAGUUAGAGAGCAUACAUCUUUCUUUCAAUCAAUUGAAUGGGAGUAUUCCAGAUAGCAUCGGGCAACUUUCUAAGUUAGAGAGAAUACAUCUUUCUGGCAAUCAAUUGAGUGGGAGUAUUCCAGAUAGCAUCGGGCAACUUUCUAAGUUAGAGAGAAUAUAUCUUUUUGGCAAUCAAUUGAGUGGGAGUAUUCCAGAUAGCAUCGGGCAACUUUCUAAGUUAGAGAGAAUACAUCUUUCUAGCAAUCAGUUGAGUGGGAGUAUUCCAGAUAGCAUCGGGCAACUUUCUAAGUUAGAGAGAAUAUAUCUUUUUGACAAUCAAUUGAGUGGGAGUAUUCCAGAUAGCAUCAGGCAACUUUCUAAGUUAGAGAGAAUAUAUCUUUCUAGCAAUCAAUUGAGUGGGAGUAUUCCAGAUAGCAUCGGGCAACUUUCUAAGUUAGAGAGCAUAUAUCUUUCUGGCAAUCAAUUGAGUGGGAGUAUUCCAGAUAGCAUCGGGCAACUUUCUAAGUUAGAGAGCAUAUAUCUUUCUGGCAAUCAAUUGAGUGGGAGUAUUCCAGAUAGCAUCGGGCAACUUUCUAAGUUAGAGAGCAUAUCUCUUUCUGGCAAUCAAUUGAGUGGGAGUAUUCCACAUAGCAUUGGGCAACUUUCAAAGUUAGAGAGCAUAGAUCUUUUUGGCAAUCAAUUGAGUGGGAGUAUUCCACAUAGCAUCGGGCAACUUUCUAAAUUAGAGAGAAUAGAUCUUUCUGGCAAUCAAUUGAGUGGGAGUAUUCCACAUAGCAUCGGGCAACUUUCUCAGUUAAAGAGAAUAGAUCUUUCUAGCAAUAAAUUGAGUGGGAAUAUUCCAGAUAGCAUUGGGUAACUUUCUAAGUUAGAGAGAAUAAAUCUUUCUGGUAAUCAAUUGAAUGGGAGUAUUCCAGAUAGUAUAUUGCAACUUUCUAAGUUAGUGAACAUAUCUCUUUCUAGUAAUCAAUUGAGUGGGAGUAU